AUAAAAAUUUAGGUUGAGAAAAGUUAAUUAAACCUAUUUGUCCAUUAGAGAAUUUACUGUAAUCUUGCUACACAUCUCUUUGCAUUUGUGCUAUAAAUGAGCGGCAAGGAAACGAAAAAGAAAAUCACACCAUCUCACUGUCUGUGCCGAUUGAUGCUGCUGUGUCUCGGAUAUUUUUCAAAUUGGAAAAUUCAAAAAUUCGGCACAUUUCGUUUUCGAAGCUCGGUCCGUGCAAAUGGCUUUAUCGCCGUGCGAUCUGUUGGCGCCUUUUGAAUAAAUAUGUGAAUGUGAGUGCAAGAAUGUGUGUGUGAUUUUAUUUUACUUUUGCACAAAAAAUAAAACAACAACCACAACGGCGCGGCGCUAAGGCAAAAAGGCGUAACAGCAGUGUGACCGUAAUUUCGCCGCAUAAAUACAUACAUAUAUAUAUAUAUGUAUAUAUGUUUUAAACAUACUAACAUGUGUAUGUAUGCAUAAAAAUAAAUUAUCAAUUGAAAUAAAUAUAUAUAUAACAGUGCCACAACCGAAAUUAGUGCAUUAAGGGCGAUUAUAAAUAAAAAACAAACGGUGUUUCUUAAAUAAAUUCUAGCGAUUGCGACGAUUGCAACAGCGAAAUGGUCCAAUUGAGCCAAGAUAAAAUCACACAGUGUGUAGUGCAUGACCUCACACCCGGCUCGGAGCAGAAGAAAAUUAACAUUGUUGUGCGCUCACCGUACACAGUCGAGAAGGUAUUUCGGAAUAUAAGCACACAGUAUCCCUACGAGGAGUAUGAUUUGGUGCUGCAACCAAAUUCGACGGGAAACCCACUGAUUCAUUUGAAUGCCCGCAAAAAUGACUUACUCUUCGGCAUACCCGGCUUUUCUUCGGACGAGAAGAAUGUUCUUGUCCUGCUGCCGCCGGAUGUUUGGAAUGGUGAUGUGAAGAAACGCUUGGACUUAACUAAGCCAAUGGGUAAAAAGAAAUGCAUUUCAAAGUCACCCAAUAAGUCGGCAGCAACAACAACAGCAACCAAGGCGUCGGUCAAAACCACAACAAAAACAAAAGAAGUUGCAUCGAACGCAGAUACGAAUAGCAUCAAAGCAUUAAGUACACCGUCAACUCCAGCAACUCCGCUAGCCCCACCAUCUCCUCCCAAAAUAACAAACGGAGUUGAUGCCAAUAGCACCGCCGACACGGCUAAUGGCAUAACUGCAGCGGAACCAGAGGCAUCAGCAAUAACCACACAAACAGUUAUUACAAAUGGCGCAGUAAACGGUCACAGCGAAGAGGAAGUUUUAGAACACAACGCUAGCAACGAACAUACAGAUGACAUGAUGACUAAAGUCAAUCUACACAACGAGAAAAUAUUAAUGAGUUAUGAUAUGCUGAACGAUUUGGGUGGCGGUGGCGAUGCUUCGUCAUCAACUUUUGACCAAGAACCAGCACUUCCACAUACAGCGACUGUCAUAGCCCACACAAGAACCACGAAUACCGCCUCAAUGACGCACUCAUUGAAACUGAGUCCACUUUCCGACCCAGAGCUUUUAUCCGAUGACGAUUUGGCACUUGGUGCCUCCGCUAGUCCCACCGAGACAGAGCCGUUUGGUGGUGAUGGCCUGCUGAAGUUACGCAACACAUCACCACGCAGUCCCAAGUACGGCCCACUGACCGAGGGUGAAAUGUACCAAAAUCUGACGUUGGAACGCGAUUUUACGCGCUUGGGCAAGAAAUUGCAACCUAUUUCAGCAGCCGCAACGACCACCACAACAGCUGCUACAGCCGGUGCCACAAUGUCGACAUUUAGUACAGGCGGCGGCUCUAAUGGUUAUGUGGGCUUGGUGAAUCAAGCGAUGACAUGUUAUCUCAACAGUUUACUACAAGCGCUCUUCAUGACACCCGAGUUCCGUAAUGGACUCUAUCGGUGGGAGUUUGACAAUGACAACGAAGCCAAAAAUAUACCAUAUCAACUGCAGAAACUUUUCCUAAAUUUGCAAACAUCUAAGAAAUCUGCUGUAGAGACGACAGACUUGACGCGCAGCUUUGGCUGGGAUUCGACCGAAGCCUGGCAGCAGCAUGACAUACAGGAAUUGUGUCGUGUUAUGUUCGAUGCGUUGGAGCAUAAAUUUAAAAACACUAAGCAAAUGAAUUUGAUUGCCAGUUUAUAUGAAGGCAAAAUGAUUGAUUAUGUCAAGUGUUUGGAGUGCAAUACGGAGAAAACUCGCGCCGACACCUUCCUCGAUAUACCCCUGCCGGUUCGUCCGUUUGGCAGUACUGUCGCCUAUGGUAGCAUUGAAGAGGCAUUGCGUGCUUUCGUACAACCCGAAACGCUCGAUGGCAACAACCAAUACUUUUGCGAGAAAUGUAAUAAGAAAUGUGAUGCACAUAAAGGUUUGAAGUUUAAGAACUUUCCUUACAUAUUGACGCUGCAUUUGAAACGCUUUGAUUUUGACUAUCAGACCAUGCAUCGCAUCAAAUUGAAUGACAAAGUUACUUUCCCACAAAUGUUGAAUUUGAAUAGUUUUAUUAAUCCUGCUGAUCAGCUCGAUUUAGCGCCAAGUACUUCCACAAGUGCUGCGGCAAGCGCACCUGGCGUUAGUAAUGUUGCCACGAAUGGUUUUAUACCGAAUGGCGCUGCGGCACUUGCCACCAACGAUGAUUGCAGCACCACAGAUAGCGGCUCGGCAAUGGAGGAGGAUUUAUGUUGUAGCGGUACUGCCACCACUGCCAGCUCUAGUCAACAUGAGAACGAUAUGAAUGACGAUGAUGAGGGCAUUGAUAUGAGCACCAGCACUGAUCACCGCCUAACCAGCAGUAAUGCUAGCGUUGAACAGCGUAUAAAACAUGAUAAUGGCCCGUAUUUGUAUGAGUUAUUCGCUAUUAUGAUCCAUUCGGGCAGUGCUUCGGGCGGUCAUUACUAUGCUUAUAUAAAGGAAUUUGAAAACAAUGAGUGGUUUUGCUUCAAUGAUCAAACUGUUUCUCCGAUUACUGAUGAAGAUAUCGAGAAAUCUUUUGGUGGUGGCUCGAGUCGCGCUUACUACUCCAGCGUUUAUAGCUCAAGCACAAAUGCCUAUAUGUUAAUGUACCGUCAAAUAGAUCCGCAACGUAAUGAGUUUGGUACUAAAGUUCCCGACUUCCCCGAACACAUCACCCGCUUAUUACCGAAAUUGCACGAGGAAGAGGAGACACGUAUUAUGUGCAGUUCAGCACGGCAUACUGUGGCCGCGUCUGAUCUAUCAGUACAGGAAUUGAUAAAACCGCGCGUGAACUUCUAUAACCCCGAAUUGAAAAAGCUGAAAUCGGUUCGUGCAUACGUGAGUACUUUCAACGUAAAAUCUGUGCUGGAGUCAGCCUAUCAAAUGUUGAAUGUGGAGAAAUUUGCACCGCUUUCACGUUGCCGUCUAGUUGUGUACGAUGAUAUGAGUGAACAGAUUCUUCAAUCUCUCGAAGACAUUAGCGAUUCAGCGUUGAGCGAAAUGCGUCGGCAAAGUGAGGGUUCUUUAGAAUUUUUGCUUGAAACGAGGGAAGAAGGGCAAGAGUUUGAAGUUUAUAAGCCAGGUGGUUGCACAUGGAACGUUUAUAAGGUGAAUGUGUGGAAAAUGCAGUUAGAUGGCCCUCAUCUGGUGUAUGCGCCCUCGAAAGAAGCCAAUUCCGCGCUGCUACAUUCGAUUGCGGUGCGGCUGAAUUUGAACGAGAACCAGUUGCUAUUGGCCACAGUAAAGACUGAUGCAUUUGUUGCGCUCGACUCUGCGCCGCCUCAAGAAGGUGAAAACGUCGUGGAGGGUAUGCAGCAACAAGUGAUAACACAGGAGGAUCUGCAAGAGAUCGCACAGGAACAGUUUAGAGGUUUAACACACAUUUACCUAAAUGUGCCCAACAUAGAUUUGAGUACUUUAGAGAUAUUAGAUAUACCCGCAUUGGAAACACCCACAAUUGAGGUUAGCGUAGACGUUGUCGACGCUGUGCAAAUGAACGCGAAUAUCCUAAGUCCAUCCAGUAGUGAUAGCACAUCAAAUCUCUCACAAAAGAUUUGCACAACCACCAGCAGUGCACGCGAAUCACCAUUACUUCCCGCCACCAACGCUGCCACUACGCUGACCGGCCAAGAAUCGAACUCUGAGGAUAGCAGCUUGAGCGAUGGCGAUCGGACACUCGUCGAAUCAAUGAACAAUCGCUACGGUGGAGGUGAUAGUCAAAUUUCAUCAACCAGCCAUUCGCCUUAUCUGUCCAGUCCAGAGGACGAUGCGUAUAAUAAAGCGAAUUCGCUGAAACGCAUACAUGAUCUGUUCCAAAUGACACCCGAUCACACAAUUGAGGGCUCAACGCAUUCUCGUACCGGCAGCACGCCACAAUUCUUCUAUGCCGAAAAGAUAAAUACAGUCGAUCCAAGUACCAUCUCAUCGCGCAUACACAGUAGUAGUAUCAACGAUCCAAAUGAGGAGUUGGCACGCAAACCAACACAUUCAUAUAAAGUCAUUGUGGAUCCUCAUAUGAAAAUGACAACAUUCACGCGACAUGUUGAAUCUUUAAUCGGUGUACCCGCAAACUAUUUUAAGCUACAACACAAAUACGAAGUCAUUGACCUGAGAGCGACAGUGCUCUUCGUGAGUACAGGCGAAACGUUGAGCAUUGAGUUGGGUAAGGUGUUGCAACCGGAUGAAGACAAGGCGAAGAUCUCAUUUAUGCGACUGUCAGAGUUGGACAACGAUACUGGCAAAUUGCCCUGCAUCUGUGAAUGGGUAUUUAAGGGCAGCAUGACGGUGGGCGAGGCAAAGAAAGAACUGAUAACUAAAUUACAUCGCAUUGAUGAUAAAUAUCAAACACUUAGUUUAAGUAAUUGUCGUCUGUGGUUGAAGGGGGGACGCAAUCCAAUAGAAAUUUUGGGCGAUAACGACACCUUAGCUUCUGAUUUACGCUCAACGGCGGGUGCGGAGUUUCUCGUGCAAGAGUGUGAAGAUGGCGUAAGUCCACAAGUGGCCGCAGAAAGUCUUACGAUUUUUGUUAGACGUUGGCAUGCGGAUAAACUGCAAUUGGACAAAUUCCAGGAAGUUACGUUAGAAAAGGAAAGUGAAAUAAGAGAGGAGCUGGCAAAAAUUACCGAUAUCCCCAAAGAGCACAUCGCUUAUAGUAAGAUAAACGGUUCUUUCCCCUGCACAAACAUUUCUCUAUUAAGUAUCAACAGCACGCUUAGCUGGUUCUCAAUACCAGCUACGUUAUAUAAAUAUCCAUUAACAGCAACAGUUAGUGGAAAUGUCUACUUUUACAAAGAUGUCACCAAAUCACCCAAAGAGCCGACAACUGAAGAGCGUCGUGAGUUGAGUGCUCGCGAGAAGUUACGUCUCGAUCGCUUGGGUUGCAUGUCAACGUCAUUGUACUCACCGCGACGAGAGCGAGCACUGAAAAUAUACCUAGACUCGCCUCAAACAAACAACUAUAAUAACAACAACAAUAAUAACAGUAGUACAACAACGACGUCGUCUUCUUCAUCCAUAUCGACAGUGGUGGGAGCAUCAACAGCUGUUAAAUCAGAAGAAGAUUAACGAAGAAACGUUAGCGUAGAAGAUAAAUAAUAAUAAAAACAACAUUCGUUGGCAUAAAUAACUUACGAGAUGCUGUUAUACACACCCUCACAUAUUCAUAUAUGUUGCUCUGCAUAGUUUCUUCGGUAAUUAGAAUAAAAGAAAGCUUGUUUGUAACCAAUGCACGUGCGGCAGAGAGUUUAAAUGACAAAGUAGCGUACUGAUUGGUAUAGAGCAGGCAAAAAGAAGAAGAAGAAGAAGAAGAAAUUUGAAAUGUGAUAACCACUGAUGCGAAAAUAAUUGGCGACGACAAAAUAUUGUGUGACCGACCGACCAACCGACCAACCGACCGACAACUUGACAUUGUUGGCGCUUAAGAAAAAGUGAUAAUGCAAAAUUUCUUUUCAGUCUUUUUCUCUGCAGUUUAUUCAUUAUUUUCAUCAAUAAAUCAAACAAAAAUAAAAGAUAACAAAACAAAACAAAUUGAGUAAAAACGGAAACUUAACGUAUAAUAAAAAGUCUUAAGAACAAGCUUCAUGCACUAUUAAAUUAUA